AUGAACAUUAAUCGUAUAUUGACUCUUGAGCUGCUAAAUUCCAACUGCCGAUCACUAGUUUACAAGGUGAACUAUCUUCGAUUCCUACUGCGACAAAAUAUGUAUCGUAAUUGUGUUGUCAUCACAAUUCAAGAAUCUUGGUUAGGUGAUUUACGGCUAAAUUGCUUAAUAUCACCAUGUGACUUCAAUAUCUAUCGUCAGGAUCGACCAAGCGACAAAAAGAUCUGUGGCGUCGGUGUAGAUACGUUUGUAGCUGGUUUCGAUAUACUUUUGUAUGUUUCAAGUUUUAAAAUGACUUUAUCGACUGUCUAA